AAUUGGUUCAAUUUCAUUAAAGUUGUAAGCUGCACAAUUGAAACUACAUAUAGUAUGAAUGAAAAUAAAAUAUGACAGAAAAUAGUUUAGACUCUGUAGAUUUUUGGCCAAGGCUGCUGGCGGACAUAGGCGUGGCUGAUAAGAUAUCGCAAGAUAACGCCUUUAGUUACAUUAAACAUGAUCUUGGAGAACUAAUGAAGGCAACAAUGCCAUGCAGCACAAUCAGUAUUGAGUUAUUUGGUUCACGUAUACUUGGACUAGCCCGAACAAAUUCAGACAUGGACAUACACAUAGCAAUCGAUAAGCACUUACAGCAAUAUAGUGAAAAACCAACUGAAGCGGUAUGGAUAUAUCAGAGAAAUAUUGUGACAGCUAUUCGCAAUUCGAAUGUAAACUGGAACUAUCAGUUUAAACUCGGGGGAAGAUGUCCUAUUGUAUCGGCUAUACAUAGAUCGACAGGCAUAAGCUGCGAUAUAAGUUUUACUAACAACUUAACUUGCAUUCAAAACUACAUAGUUAAGUUUCUAUUCCAGUUGCAACCAAUGGCGCGCUAUAUGGUCACUUAUUUGCGAAGCUGGAUAGAAGAAAUAUGCCUGAGGGAAGUAUUUCGAAGUCAUAUUUUAAUUUUCUUGGUCAUCUACUUUUUGCAAAUUGAAAAUCAUUUACCAAGCAUCAAAGCGUUGCAGCUUAAUCUUGAGCCUACAUUUGGACCUUUGGUUACGACAUUCUUUAGAGUUCCUUUAAGCAAGUUCAAUAUGGCUGAAAUCAAAGUAACUGAAGCAGAGACACGCAUAAUGCUAAAGAAAUUUUUUAAAUUCUACUCAACAUUUGAUUUCUCCAAAAUGGCAAUUUGCACAUAUCUUGGACGCCCAAUAGAACGCGAAAGCCUUGAGGCUAACAUGCCUGAAAGGUAUACGUCAUACAAAGGAUUUGGGGCAAAUGAAUUUAUUGGAAAGACAGCUGUUAUACAAGAUUUUAUACAGCUUGAUCGCAAUAAAGGCAAAAACUUAAAGCCUGAACAUAUUGAUUUAUUUCAAAAGAAUUUAUGUUUAUGAGUUUAUUAAAUAAAU